GUUACGAAGCGAAAAAUAAUGGCAUUUUUAAGAAAUAUUUGUUUAUCAGUAAGUUUAUGCAUUCUACUAAUUCAUACAACUGUAGCUUUUAAUAAGUAUUCAGCAGAAGCAAAUAAACCGAAAUAUGAAGAUACUUUGCAAUUUCUAACCUCUAUUCGCGAGUUAGACAAACCAUUUCGUAUGGCAAAAUUAAAUGCAGUCUGGGUAAAAGCAAAAAAUCGUUUAAAGGAUACAAAAUUGCAGUCGAUAUUCAGUGAUUUAAAACUUCAUGAUAAAGAAGAAAUUGCAUAUAAACAUUUUAAAUCUGAUGGGAAAGAUCCAAAUGGUGAAGAGGAAGCUCGUUUAAGAAAAAAAUUAAUUGGAAUUAUGAGCACUUAUGGAUUAUUGGAACAUUUUAAUGAUACAGAAAAUCCAGAAUUAUUAAAGAAACAUAAAGCUUUAAAUGAUGGUAAUCAUUAUAUUUCCAAAAAUGUUUUUACUGAUAAAAGAUUAGAUAAAUUAUGGACAAAAGCGGAAUUAGCUGGUUUUACACAUGAAGAACUACAAACUUUAAAAGAAGAAUUUCAACAUUAUCAAGAUAAAGUAGAUGAAUACAUGAGUCUUUUAAAAACUGAUGAUACAGAAAUACAUCAAAAUAGCUUACAUUAUAAACCAGAAUCUUGGAAUAAAGUAGAACAGGAGGAAGAGAUUUCCAACAAUGUUUCUGAAAGAAAAUUAGAUAAGGCAGCCUUACUUACAGAAAAACAUGUGGAGCUUAGAAAUAAAUAUGAACGUUUGGAUGAAUUAAUUGCAAAAGGACCAAAUCAUAAAGAGUUUACAGAACCAAAAGUGCAAGGUUUAUGGCGUAUUGUAUUAGAAUCUCAAUUCUCUCCAGAAGAACGUGCUUCAUUAAAAGAGGAAUUGUUACACUAUGAAGGAAGAUUGCUGAAAUUGCGUUAUUUGCACACGGAAGCUGCUUUAGAAGCCGCACGUCAAGGGAAGCAGUAUUUAGAUGACUCUAGUAUGGAACAGAGUAUUAAAAAACACGCGAGAACUAUUCAAAAGUUACAUACAGAUAUUGAAACAAAAAUCAUGCAAAGACAUUCUGAACUUUAA